AUGGAACGCGUCAGACAAUUUUUUCUGCGCCGUCCGAAUCUAUCUGCUCGGAGGCAUGCUACUGAACUUUGCAUCGAUAAUCGUUCGGUAAGGCGUUCUUCUUCUUCUUCUUCUUCUUUUCCGUCUUCUUUUUCUCCUUCUUUUGUUUCUUCUUCUUCUCUCUUCUUCUUUUCUUCUUCUUUUUCUUCUUUUUCUCUCUUCUUCUUUUCUCUUUUCUUCUUCUUUUUCUUCUUCUUUUUCUCUCUUCUUCUUCUCUCUUCUUCUUUUCUCUUUUCUUCUUUUUCUCUCUUCUUCUUCUCGCUUCUUCUUUUCUCUUUUUUUCUUCUUUUUCUUCUUCUUUUCUCUUUUCUUCUUCUUUUUCUUUUUAUCUCUUCUUCUUCUCUCUUCUUCUUCUCGCUUCUUUUCUCUUUUCGUUUUCUUUUUCUCUCUUCUUCUCUCUUCUUUUCUCUUUUCUUCUUCUUUUUCUUUUUCUCUCUUCUUUCUUCUUCUUCUCGCUUCUUCUUUUCUCUUUUCUUCUUCUUCUUUUUCUUCUUCUUCUUCUCUCUUCUUCUUCUUCUUCAUUUUUUCUUCUUCUCUCUUCUUCUUCUCUCUUCUUCUUUUCUCUCCUCUUCUUCUUCUUCUUUGUCUUCUUCUGUUUCUUCCGUUUUUCUUCUUCUUCUGUUUCUUCUUUUUUCUUCUUCUGUUUCUUCUGCCUCCUCUUCAUUUUCUCCUUCUUCUCUUCCUUUUUCUGAUGUUUUGUCUUCUUGUCUUUCUUCUUCUUCAUCAUCAUCUUUUAUGUACCGUGUCCCUAUAGGCGCCCUAUUCCUUCCUAUCUAUCUAUCUAUCUAUCUAUCUAUCUAUCUAUCUAUCUAUCUAUCUAUCUAUCUAUCUAUCUAUCUAUCUAUCUAUCUAUCUAUCUAUCUAUUUCAGUCUGUUCAUAUCUAUCUAUCUAUCUAUCUAUCUAUCUAUCUAUCUAUCUAUCUAUCCUUAGUCUGUUCAUAUCUAUCUAUCUAUCUAUGUUUCCUCAGUGUGUUCAUAUCUAUCUAUCUAUCUAUCUAUCUAUCUAUCUAUCUAUCUAUCUAUCUAUCUAUCUAUCUAUUUUUAACAACACUCAUUAGCACUUCUAUAACGACUUCCACUCCAUCUUUUCUGUUGUGUACGACGAUGACAAAGGAAACGACAGCGACGGCGAGGACGACUGCUGCUCCUACCACAACCACCAUCGCUACUACAACGACCAUUGGCGUCAUUUGCGAGAAUACAGUUAUAUUAAGCAGACAAUCACAAACUCAACAGUGCAUGGGAAACAGAUUGAAGCGUGUGAAAUCUAUCUAUCUAUCUAUCUAUCUAUCUAUCUAUAUAUCUAUAUAUCUAUCUAUUUUAUAUAUUUAUAUCUUAUUUAUCUAUCUAUCAAUCUAUCUAUCCAUUUUAGUUCAUAUCAUAUUUAUCUAUCUAUCUAUCUAUUUUAGUCAGUUUUUAUCUAUCUAUCUAUCUAUCUAUCUAUCUAUCUAUCUAUCUAUCUAUCUAUCUAUCUAUCUAUCUAUCCAUUUUAGUUUUUCUAUCUAUCAUCUAUCUAUCUAUCUAUCUAUCUAUCUAUCUAUCUAUCUAUCCAUUUUAGUUUGUUCAUGUUUGUCUAUCUAUCUAUCUAUUUUAGUCAGUUCAUAUCUAUCUAUCUAUCUAUCUAUCUAUCUAUCUAUCUAUCUAUCUAUCUAUCUAUCUUAG